AUGUUCAUCAUAAAUUGGUUAGUCAUGAAGUUUAGGGACAUCUUGGCACAUUUGGGCCUAUCACAGAAGAGCGCAAGGAUAUUAUUUUUAGGCCUGGACAACGCCGGGAAAACAACCCUCCUGCACAUGCUAAAAGACGACCGGGUGGCCCAGCACGUACCCACGCUGCACCCCCAUUCAGAAGAACUAGUUGUGGGGAAAAUAAGAUUCAAAACAUUUGACCUUGGAGGACAUGAAACGGCCAGGAGAAUCUGGAGGGACUAUUUCGCAGCGGUGGACGCUGUGGUAUUUAUGAUCGAUACAACGGACAGGUCGAGAUUUGAUGAGGCAAGAGAGGAGUUAAAGCACCUCCUCGAAACGGAAGAGUUAAGUAACGUCCCCUUUGUUGUCCUGGGGAAUAAAAUCGACAAGCCUGAUGCAGCUAGCGAAGAUGAAUUGAGGCAACAUUUAAAUUUAUUUUCCAACCUGACUGUGCAUAACAUGAAGGGGAAUUCGGGGGUGAGGCCAGUUGAGCUCUUCAUGUGCAGCGUCAUAAGAAGGAUGGGUUACGCAGCGGCCUUCAAGUGGAUAUCGCAGUUUCUGACGUGA